AACCUCGCAUUAUUCAAUUGAUCUUUCUGCUCAUAGCCGCUGCAACAAACAAAAGAAGAGCAAGACAGAACCACUCAGCUCCGAAUCACAACGCAAACAAAUCAUGGGUAAGGUUCACGGAUCCCUAGCUCGUGCCGGAAAAGUCAGAGGUCAAACCCCAAAAGUUGCGAAACAAGACAAGAAGAAGAAGCCACGUGGACGAGCACACAAGCGCAUGCAAUACAAUCGCCGAUUCGUCACCGCCGUGGUGGGAUUCGGAAAGAAACGAGGACCAAACUCAUCUGAGAAGUAAGGGAGAUGAUGCUUGAAGGAUGGUUUUAUUUUUAUUUUUGAUUUUAUUAGUUUGCGAGAUGUAUUACUUGUUUAUCAGUUGAUUGGUGGAUUUAAAGAUGUUGAAGUUCUGAUUAUGGUUCAAUGAAAGUUUUUUUGGUAGCUAA